AUGUUUGAUUCAUUUAGUCAUGACCGAAGAGACGCUAGGACUACCUCUGAAAAACUUGCUCAUGUCGGUCAUGAAAAGAAGCCCUAUGACAAGUCUGCAGACGAUGAAUUUUGGGCUGAUUAUUUGGAUAAGCUGGAGAAACAACGGAAGCUGCGUGAGCAGAUGAACUUUCGCAAGGAGCUGAGGCGACUACAGGAGAUGAGUCGGAGGGAACAAGAAGAGACAAAGAUUCAGAUUACGGAUGUGCCAGGUUUCAGUGGCGGUUUGCCAUGUGUAUCAUCGGCGCCGUCGUUCGACCGGGGCAUGAUGCCACCUGCUGUACCGUCCCGUAAGAGCCUCCAUGCCUUCAUCCCUAGUUCUGAUCAUGGAGUCGGUUGCGGCGACCAAGAGUUUAGCAGCGGGGAUCAUUUCCGCUUUCUGAGUUCGCACACUGCUGUUACUGCCAUCCCGGGUGCCCCGCCCUGUCUCCCUCUCAUGCCUCCGAUCGCCGCACGGAACCCUCGUUGGGUUUUACCUAAGCAGCGACAACCAAACAGCGCAGUUCCGAAUGUCUGUCAGGCCUUCGGCAAUGGCCAUCGGGUCAAGUACCACCGACAUCCUCGGUCGGUCCCAAAGAGGUUGCUAUACCGUCCGAAAAGUACAUUGAUCAAAAUCAAAACCGUCGACAGCGACGCAUCAGCGAAAAAUAUGCAGUGA